CCUAUCACUGACAGUGAAGGAAGAGUUAUUGGUGUCCUUGCAGGCUCUCCCAAUGAUCCUUCAUGGCAGAGUGUGAACAGUGAAGCUUCAGCUUUGCUAAAGAAAGCUCAAACACAGAUGCACUUUACUUCCAAGAUGGAGAAGCAUCUUCGGGGUGACUAUCCAGCUUUAUCUGUAGGUGUUUCAUUUGGUGGAGGGCAAAAGUGUCCUGGAAACUUGGUUAACUUAAACCAGAAUGCAAUGGCUCUUGCUACACUUCUCAAAGACCAGACCUUCAUUAGAAUUGCUGGGUUUGCAUCAGCUGCAUUCAAAAUAUGGGCUCCUUGCCUAUAUGAUUACUAUGUUGAUCAUUUGCGCCCUCUUUACGAAAAAUACCCUCAGUUGCAGCGCAAUUUUGACAAUAGUGUCUUUCCUUGUGCAACAUUCAAUUUUGGACCAGCAGCAUGCACAGUCAAGCAUCGUGAUGUGCAAAACCUUCCUUUUGGCUGGUGUGCCAUCACUGCUUUAGGAGAUUUUGAUCCAAAGCUUGGAGGACAUUUUGUGCUUUGGGAUAUGAAGCUUGUGAUCGAGUUUCCUCCUGGAGCCACAAUUCUGAUACCAUCAGCAAUUGUGCAACACUCCAAUGUUGUCAUCCAAUCUGGGGAAACAAGAUACUCCGUUACCCAGUAUGCAGCAGGUGGUCUAUUCAGAUGGGUUGAUCAAGGGUUUCAGUCAAUGUCUGCAUAUUUGAUAGGAUUAACAGAUUCUGAGCAGGUUGAUGAGAAGAGAAAGGCAGAAGAACGUUGGAAAGAUGGCAUUGGGCUUUUCUCCCACUGGUUAUCAUAUCAGCAAAAUGUAAACAGCUGUUCAAACUUUGUAUAG